AUGCAAGCUCCUCCUGACAUUUACGAAGCUGGAAGGCUUGGCAGUGCAGCUGCAGAAUUGCUGGAGAGUUCGCUGCAAGAUAAUAUGCUACUACAGCUGCAAGAACUGCAACUGUGGAGUAUGUGCACCAGUGGGCUCGUCGUCAUCAUCCCUCAAAUAACCUAUGACAAUGUGAUCAAUCCUUUGACGUAUAUACCUGUCAAAGUCGGCGGAGCAGUCAAGCUAGUCCGGGAUAAAGAGAAUGGUAUUCAGAUUAUUCCUACAGAGAAAGGAACCAUGCCAGACUUCGUUGUAGCCAGUAACGAAACUGGAGGAACUCUGAACGUUCAAAUUGGCCUGAUACCCAACCCACGAAAGGACCCAGAUCCGAUUGUGAACUUUCCAGAAGUUCUGAACUCUCAUUCAGUGGAGUUCAAAUUCGAACCAAUCUUAUACGCCUACAUUACGUCAGACGUGACAAAUGCUCCCUCAAGUACAAGUGAAAUCCAGUCGCCGAGUAUUUGGGAGCAGGAUUUGACCAAGCUGGGUGAUGAGACCUAUUGGAAGUUGACGUACAACGAACAGCGCGGAACGUACCAGUUGCUCCUAGAUGAUUGA